UUCUCCUCGUCCUUGUCGUGCAAGGCAGAGUUAUGAUGUCGUGCAAGGGCAACAGUUCAAUACUUCGUUUCAAGUUGUUUAACUGCAUCGCAAGUCGAAGUGAUUAUCCUUAUCACUAAAACUCGCAGGUUGCAGUUUUCAGUUUCAUCGUGGUUGCUCUCAGCAAUCGGCGCACGAACUAAAAAACCUUCAAAUUAAACUUUUUUAGGGAGAAAACCACUUUAUCUUCUACUCUCUGCUCCACCUCGGACGUAGUUCAAGUAACGCUUUUUAAAGUAGUUUUGUACACGUUCACACAUAAUUGACAUCUUGAUAAAAUCAGAAUCCUUCGUGUUCGUCCCCCUCAAGAACCGAUCGUCUCCAACAUCUAGAACAUCGGACGAUGAAGUUCUUCACCCGGAGGCGCUCCACCGUGGCCCGCGUGGCCGCGCUUCCCCUGGCGCUGUCCACCUUGCAGCUGUUUCAUCAUCUUCACCAGACAGCCGAAGCGCAUUCGACGACCCUCGUGACGAACAAGUUGCGCAGGAGCAGCGGCUCUGGUCGUGCAGCUUUGGAUUCUCGCAAGGGAGAUCAUGGGGCAGCUCUUCCGAAGCAGAACCUGCUGCAGAUGACUAAGGCCGCAGCUGCGAUGGUGACUUCUAGCCGCAAAACCAGCCGUGCCAUUGGAGAUACAACAACUGAAGAUGACGUGGCUAUUGACUCUGUCCUGGGCGACGGCGAAGAUGAACAGAAGAACAGCAACAGCACUGCUUUGGUUGCUUCGUUUUCCACUGUUACAACUCGUGUUUCCCACAAAAUGUGGUACACCGCUCGGCAGCAGAAACGCCUGCAGACGCGGAUGAGUGAAUCGGACGACCCAAAUUACGACCUUUCCUCCGGAAUUGAUGUGACCAAAAUCGCGGAAAUCAUCAUACACGCCGCGGUUGCUUUUUCGGAAGUGGAAGAUCCCGUUCAGUACGUGAUCGACAAAAUCCAGAAUGCAACCUUCGGGAGCCUCGCCGCGAAGGCCGAGUGGUUUGUGGACGAAUACCAACCGUUGGUGUUUGCAAUGCUGAUAUCAAAUGUAAAAAUGUCUGGGUCUGGAAAGUUGGAACUUGUGAUGCUAACUUUGGACUCUAAAAAAAUCUGUAUUGCAUGACCAGCAAGAGGAGCCACAUUUUUGCUACGCGAGGAGGGAAUUUGUCAUGCGGAAAUGGCAUCAGGAAGCUUUACAAAAAUCUGUGAUGCUGGGUCAUGCAUUACAAGCAUCAUGGGUCAUGCCAGACAAGCAUGCCAAGCCUUCCAUUCUUCCAGACCCAGACAUUUUUACAUUUGAUAGCUGAAGUACGCCAUGGGCGAGGACGACCCCUGGGUGGACUGGAUGAUUCAAAUGUGGGACGACAUCCGCGGGUUUCUGUCCGCGCUGAUGGGAAGCGCGCUGGGGGAGGCAAUCGAGGGGAUUUCCAUGUCCGAUGUUUUCACGAAGUUGCCGAUCGACGGUCUCGUGACGACAACUUCCUCGUCCUCCAUGCUGCAAACCUCUCGUCGUGCAAACGAUUCCUCGCUUUUGUUGGCCGCGAACAAAACCGUCCAAACGGUCCCGCACGGUUUGAGCCCCGCGCUGGAGAAGCUUGCCGGAAUGGAACUCUUCAAGCAAGAUGGUUUCAAGAACGCCUGGCAGGCGCUCAAGCCUAUGCUCGACAACCUGAUGCAAAGCGAGGUCGGCCAGAUGUUUUUCAGCGCGAGCGUCGCGCGGAUCAUUGAGGAAGUGAAAAACAGCGUGAAGAGCUUUCUCGCGAUGUGCCAUGAUUUAGAUUUUGACGCGAUCGUGGACAAGGGUAAGGCGUUGAUCAAACAUUCGGUCGGGAAGGUGGCGGACUGGCUGGAGGAUUGCACGGGACUGGAUUUGGCCCACGUGGAAGCCAGUUUCAACAAUUGGGCCGAGGAGAAGAUGGACGAGGUUGGUGAUUGGGCAGAGGACGCAUACGAUUCUGCGUCUGAAGCGUGGGAAGCGGCGCAGGGGGGAUGGGAUUCUAUGUAUGACUACUGGACUGGGUCAGACGACGAAGGGGAUGAACACGGGAGACGGUCGGCGGCGUUUUUGCAAAAACGGCCUCACGCUGUGGAGCGGCAGGAGCUUGAUGUUCUCAACCGCAAGACCACAACUUCCACCGAUGGAGGUGCAAGUCGUCCCCGCGGUGGUCGUGGGAGCAGCAAAAUGUCCUACUUAGAAAUGCACGCCAAACGCUUUGAACGGAAACUGGCCAAGGGAGAAGGUAGUUUUGGCUUUGUUUUUAUUUGUCAACGUAGACUUAUCAUGGUUGGAGAAAAAUACCAUAGUAUGUAGCCCUUAUUCCAUUUCCACAGUGACAGUGACGUCUUUUCACUCACUCUAUUAUGAAAAUGCAGAAUUUUUGUCACUGCGUUACUUCUUCGCAAUCGUAGAUUUGGUACUCUACUACUUCUGCGUAUUAAACACUUGUUGUUUGAGACGAGCACCUUGUAUCCGAAUAACUGUAUACAAAUCCAACAACUCGACUCUCAGCCCGCAGCAGCGGUGAGGCGAAGCUGGAUGCGACGCUGCACAAGAUCUGGCGAGAGGCGCACAAAAAGCACCAGGCGUUUUUGCAGCGGCCCGAUCCGCUGAAACAACUGGUGGAGGUGGAAAUUGAAAACGAGUUGGACGAGUCGAACCCGUGGAACGGAACUGCAAUGGAACCGCUGAAAAAAUCGAAAUCCACUACGACCAAAACAAAGCGGACCAUGACGCAGGGGCAAUUUUUGCAGUUGAAACAGCAAACCUCGAUCCAGAAGAUGGUCCGCAAAGUAGUCGUUGCCAAAACCACGACUACCGCGGGGAAGAAGAAGAACAAGAAAACUACGGUUUUCUCCGCGGAAGAAGCGGACUACGAGCCGCUCCAGCUGGUCGAUUCCAACAGUCUGGUGACCUCGAUCACGAACAAAGUGAACGCGAUGCUGACCAUGCUGAGCCCGAAGAUGACCAAGCACCUGGUGACCAUUGCCGUGCGGAUGUUUUUAUGCUGUGCAAAAGUAUCGUGCUCGUAUGAAUGCAUUACAAAUUUUUUCAGCAUGAGAAAGGAAAUUUGUAAUGCUAAGUUGCCUUAAGAACAAGAUUUGUAAUGCAUGAUUGUAAUACCAAUACGAGUACGAUACUUUUGCACAGGAUAGUUUUUUAUGACGAUUUACAGCCAACUGGUCCAGUUCACGGCGCAGCUCGUCGGGGACGCGCUGUAUCCUGAGUAAAAACGUCCCCACCCCACCAGAGUUGUCAUGCAAAAACGCAUGCGCAAAAUGUUUCUCAUGCGGGGCCCCAUGACAGGUAUUUUCUAGUCGUGUAGUGUUUUGGAAUUUGUGAUGCUCCAAUCAGCAUGGUAGGCUAGAUUUGUGAUGCUUCUGAACGAGGUGAACAGGAUUACAGUACGAAGGCCGAACUUGUCAUGCGCAACGCCUUAAGCUUGUAGAUUUGUCUAGCAGAUUUCCCAUCGUGACCAUGGGGUGGGGAUGUUUUUACUCAGGAUACGCUGUCCGGGUUAGUUGGCGCGGUCAGUCCGGUCUCGUUCAUAGGUUCCCUGCUCGGGCCGGUGAUUAAUCUCGCGAUGAUGGAGGUGGGCCGCGGGUUGGAAAAUCUGAUCAUGCCGAUGUUUGAAAAAGCCCUCAUGCCGUUGAUGCCGGAGGUGCUGACCGGGCUGGUGGAAAGCAUGGCCGGGUUAUCACGAGGAAAAAUCCCCCCUCCCCAUAUCAAAAGGAAGUUUCUGAUGCUGGAUUUGCGUAUACAAAUCAGGUUUGUCUUGCAGUAAAGGACAGCAGGCUCCUGCCAAGGCUGAGUAGAGAGCUUUUGGCCUAGGCACUUAGCAUGAGAAACGUGUAUGCUGUAGGCCCAACAGCAUCACAGGCCGCCUGCAUAAUGCGGCGGAGGCUGCGGAGUUGUCUUCUUGCAAGACAGACGUGAUUUGUGGUCUCAAAUCAGCAAGACAAACUUUCGAAAACAUACCUUGUCGAUAUGGGGAGGGGGGAUUUUUCCGCGCAAUACGGGUCCCUCGUGGGCGGUGACACGUUGGCCAUGGUGGACAAGCUGGUCGGCAACGAGGGCCGGGACGAGCUUGUGGCGGGUACCGACGAGGAAAACCAGGGAACAAGUUCGCUCCUGCAAGAAAAGCAGAAAUUUUUGCCUUGCUGUGAUGGGGCCGAGGAAGCCGAGGACACCAAGACCUACGAAACGGGUGCAGAAGUAGAGCCUCUUUCCGAACCCGAAGAUGCUAAAACGCCCCGCCCCAACGCCCCCUUGGUCGACGAAGCGGAGCUCCGAUCCAGCAUGACUGCGAUGAUUGACGCGGAGACGGGGAAGCUCCAGCAACAACUGAAGGCCGAAGGGUAUGAGAACGUCCCAGAGUCUCCUACUAUCGCCGGGGAAAAUGAAAUGCAGGCGAAAAUGGUGGAAACCAUGGAAAAAUCGCUCGUUUCUGUCUCCGCUGAAGGGACAACGGCCACAAGUGCAGCUUUCACCGAACUCGGCGGUACAAAGGCGUCAAAAAGCCGCAAAAAAAUCCAACAAGAGCAGCAGCAGAAACUCGCCACGCAGUUGUCCAACCUGCAUUCCAAAGUGCAGGAGAAGCGGAGAGCCGAUGCGAACUACGAGGCGGAGAGCAACAUGCUGAUCGCGUCUGUGAAGUCGUCUUUCAACUACCUGAAGGAGCACUACAUCCCCUCUUGCCCCGACGACAAGAAGGCCACGGCGACGCUGGUGGCGCAGCCGCUCGAUUUGACCAGUGUCGACGCGACUUCCUACCCCGAAUGGGCGGAAUUCCAGAAGUACCUGAAGGCGGCGGGGGCGGUGCAAAUGGAGGGGUCUGCGAAAGGUAUUGUGGUUGUAAGUACCCGAAAUCAUGUUGACACAUGAGAUGACUCUUCCUAUCUUGAUUUCGUUUGUGAAGUAAAUAACGUCAGCUACAUUCGCGCUUUUUGUGGUCUUCUGGUACAGUCAGUGUUCUUGUCCUUCACGCCUCGAAAAGAAUUCUAAAUCCUAAAACCCUAAUUCCAGCCGCUUGAUCCGUAUAAGAAAAGACAUAGGUCGUCGUGCCUUUGCAGCUCCUUCCAAGGGGCAGCUGUUGUAACAAAGGCAAAUGCAUAUGAGCAUGUACGCUAUUCGUACGAUUUUAACAUCACUCAGGCUUGAUGAAGAAGGUGAUUGACCAGGUGGGCAGCGGCUUGUUCGAACUUGUGAUGCCCAUUCUGGUUUCGGUUCCUCUCGUUGGAAAUUUUGUGUCGACGCUGAAGCCUGCGAUCCACGCCGCCUUCCACGUCUUAUCGGGCUUGAUUGCGAAAGCUUCGGACUCGUUGCAGGAGUGGCUAGAGAAGGACGGGAAAGCGCUGGCAGAAAAACUGAUGAACCUGUUUCUGGAGCGGGUCCCGUGCCUGGAUGUCUUGCAGAAGAUGGAAGACUGGUUGUUGCAGCAAGAAGACAUGGACACCAUGACGGAUGCGGCGCUCAAAGUGGCGGACGGAAGUGCUGCUGCAGCUGCGGGCUCGUUUUUGCAACAAAUGCCGAUGAUCACCGCGUCCAAGAUGAAGUCUGAAGACUACAGCAAGCCCCUUCUCCAGUCCGAUCGCUUGCUGCUGAAAAAGUCCUCUGCAGUUCAAUUGCCCCUGAUUGCAGCAGGUGAGAAGAACGGUGCCGAUCUCGCGCUCACCAACACGGAUCAUGACGACGAUGAUUUUUCAGCGGACAGCGUCCUCACCGUGAAACUGCUGCGCAAGCUUGACAGCGACCUGGCGGGGAACAGCUUUUACCAGAUGAAGGAACACCAAGCGGGAAACAACAAUUUCACUGCCGUUGACUGGGGCUCGGAGUACCGCUCGUUUUUGGAAGUACAAGCCGCUUCGAAAAAAAGUACCACGUCAAACAAGCAGGGACGUCGAGAACAGAGCAAGCAAGAAGUGGCUGCACGGGUCCUGCUGACCAAGGAACAUCAGCAGCUGCAAAAGCAGAAGAUUGAUUUUGACAUGUUCAAAACAGCCUUCGAGAGUGCCAAGUCGCAGUUUGGCAUCGACGGGCUCAUCAAGGAAACCGACUUCAAUUCGAUCAUCAACUCUGUGAUUCAAUUUGCGAAAGAGCACUUCACGAAGGCGCUGAAGUGGUUCCUGGACACCACCAUGCUGGGGACCAUGAUCCAGAUGUUUUCCAAGGCGCUCGGGAAAGCGUUUGUGCACGGGAUCCAGGUCUCCAUUCCGAUGUUAAAACAUUUGCAAACGAUGGCGAAACUGGGAACCGCGUUCGGCAUUGAGGGCGCCGAGCAGCUGUCGCAAGUCGGCGACAUGAUCCCGACCGUUGCUUCCUCCAUCAUGCCGAUGCUGGUGCAGGCCUACUUUUUCGAGAAGGAAGCCCAGCACGACCUGAAAAUGUUGGUGGACAAAGUCCUUUCCCCGCCGGCGAUUGACGGCGUUUUCAACGCGACGGAAUAUGUGGUGGAGAGUGUCAAGAACUCUGGGGCGUUCAAAGCGCUCACGGACUCGAUGGACGACGCCUGGGAAUCUCUGGAAACGGCCGUGAUGGGAAGCUAUGCAGUGUUUUUUGCAAAUCCGUGUUCAUCUGGGAGUCUGGAAAUGAUUUGUGAUGCGACUCGAUGCGGAUGAUUUUCAUUUUGAUAUUUGAAGAAUAGCAGCUCGAAGCCGCAUGAAAACAUUGACAAAUUGCAUUUUUGCAUGAGACACAACAACAAGGAGUGUCGGUGUAAGUAGCUACCCCUGCGUACGUCGAUCCAUGACAGAUUCUUAAGUUUUCUCGUCCUGCUGUUAGCCAAGCACUAGCACUACAUCCAGACCCAGAUGACUAAAGAAGAACAUAUUUGCAAUGGAUACAAACAUUUUCCCCGACCACGACAUGGUGACCGAAUCAACCCUAUGAAAUGUAAAAAUAUCUGGGUCUGGAAGAUUGCCAGGCUUGUCAUGCACAUUUUGCAUGACUCCUGAUGUCUGUGAUGCAUGCCCUAACUCACAGAUUUUGUGAGGGCUUCCUGAUGCCUAUACCGCAUGACAAAUGCUCUUUCCGUGUAGCAAAACUUGGACUCUCUUUGCUGCUCAUGCAAUACAGAUUUUUUUAGAAUCCAAAAUCAGCAUGACAAGUAGGAUUCUUCCAGACCCAGACACUUUUACAGUUGAUAAACCCCAACGGUCGCUUUUGAACUUGGGGAUUUGAAGGAAGAGACCGGUGUGACCGCUUGUCCCGCGGGCUACGAAGCGUUGACCGACUCGGACGAGUGCAUUGCGGCGGAGAAGCUGUUGUACCCAGAUCUGGUAUCAAAUGCAAAUAUGUCUGGGUCUGGAAGGUUGGAAGACUUGUCAUGCAGGUUUUCCAUGACGCGUGAGGUCUGUCAUACAUGACCCAGCAUGACAGACUUUCCCCGACCUCUAUCAUGCCUCGUCUGCAUGAGAAACUCCCUCUCAACUUGGUCAAAAGUGGACAGCUUUUGGCAAUCAUGCAACACAGCUUUUUGCACCAUCCAGAAUUAUUAGCAUGACAAGUUGCAUUCUUCCAGACCCAGACAUAUUUGCAAUGCAUAUCUCCCAAAGUGGAGCAACGUUGCCGUGCAGAACAUUCGCGUCAUUAACAACAAGGAGCUUCCGUUCGGCUGCCUGAAAACGGUACCCGAGGGAAACUUCUAUGGUGGGACGCCGGAUGUCUGGCGGCUGGAAUUCAACCGGGAAAUGGAGGAUGCGGCGAAUCUGACGCCCGCGAACCUGAUCUGCGUCAAGAGCGACUCUGGUGCGUAAGUUUUGAUCGGCCGUUGCUACUUCAAUUUUUUCUUUUCAGAAAAUCGAAAAGGAGCAGAAACGAAGGGCGACGGGGAGGGAGUCGUGCCUUCUAAGUCGAGUGAGAAGUAGUCAAUGUUCAGAUUCAGAAAUUUAUUUUUGUUCCAGCUAAAUUUGUCUUUUACCACACUGUUGUCCAUACUUACGUUUUAGACGGGUUUCUUAUUUUUCCAAUAGAAGAUCAAGAUGAAGAUCAUCUCUUUCAAAUGGAAAGGAAAACCAACAAGAACAAAACCAAUCACGAUUGCACGCCAAAGCGUUUGAGUCACAUAGUAAACGCACAGCAUAAAAAGAAAUUAGUAAGUGGUCAAGCAACAUCUUUCACACGAUUAUCAACAUCAGUAGAUGAUAGAUUUACAUUUAGUUUUUAGGUUUGCAUAUAUAUAAUUUCGCACUCAUAAGUUAACUAAGUAGCUUUUCCGUAGCAUGAUUUCUCCUGCUCCAUACCGUACAACUGCUGCGCUUAUUCCUGUUGUAGCUGCAGCCCAGCAUAGUAAGUCUACGUUGCACGAUCCACUCCCACAUCGGAAAGAGACCGUCUGGAAGGACUUUUGAGGUUCAUGUCAUUCACAUUUUCUCAUGAAUUUACUUUGUUUUUUACUAGAACUAGAGUGGAAGUAGAAGUACCUGUUUCUAUCACGACCAGAUUUUGUUUCACCCGACCUAGCAUUCGUCCCCUAUGACAUGUGCUAGAAUUCAUUUCCGUCCCACAGCAGCAGCCGGAGAGUUUUGCAUGAAGUUGUAAGAGGAAACUGCAACUUAGAAGCAAAAUUCUGGACACGAAAUACGAAUGUCACCCUCUCUUUCUUUAUCGUUGAAUUUAGUUCACCACUACAUUCAUCCUCUUUUUUCAGGAAAGGAAACAGUUCUCG